CUCCUCCUGCUCGGUGGAAGGGCCUUUGACAGACUUUCGGGGGAGGGGGAGGAGGGAUGGAGAUUAAAGAGGGAAUUGCGACCCCGAGUGGAUACAGAGACAGAGCUGGAGAGGCAAGAGUUGCUCCUCUUCCUUCUACUCCACAAAUCUGAGAAAGCAUAGUUACCCCCAACCUGCUGCUGAGCGGGCGAACCCGCGCCAAGGAUUUUAACCCGCUGCUCUUCUGAAUUAAGCUCUUUCCGUCCCUGGUUUGUUUCCUCACUUCCCUCCCCCCUCCCUCCUCCCGCCGUCUCCUCUCCCCUUGCUCCCCCCCUCCUCGGUUUUCUCUCUGUCUUCUUCCAAGUUUCCUUCUUCACUUGCACCAGAGCAGAAUUCUGAUGGAACUGCAAAGAUGUUCGUAUCCAGACUCCUGGAUUUUCAAAAGACAAAAUAUGCAAGGUUCAUGAAUCACAGGGUUCCAGCCAACAAAAGGUACCAGCCUACAGAAUAUGAACAUGCGGCCAACUGUGCCACACAUGCUUUCUGGAUUAUCCCCAGCAUCCUCGGCAGUUCCAACCUUUAUUUCUUGUCUGACGAUGACUGGGAAACAAUUUCUGCUUGGAUCUAUGGCUUUGGCCUAUGUGGCCUCUUUGUUGUCUCCACGAUCUUCCACACCAUCUCCUGGAAGAAAAGACACCUCAGGAUGGUGGAACACUGCCUGCACAUGUUUGACAGAAUGGUGAUCUAUUUCUUUAUAGCAGCAUCGUAUGCCCCCUGGCUUAAUCUCCGGGAGCUUGGUCCCUGGGCCGCCCACAUGCGCUGGAUUGUCUGGAUCAUGGCUUCUGUUGGGACCAUCUAUGUGUUCUUCUUCCAUGAACGAUACAAACUUGUGGAGCUGCUCUGCUAUGUCGUGAUGGGGUUUUUCCCAGCUCUAGUCAUCCUUUCUAUGCCCAACACUGAUGGAAUCUUGGAGCUCAUGACCGGAGGUGUCUUUUACUGCUUUGGGAUGGUGUUCUUCAAGAGUGACGGGCGGAUUCCCUUUGCCCAUGCCAUCUGGCACCUCUUUGUGGCAUUUGGAGCUGGCACCCACUACUAUGCCAUCUGGAGGUACCUCUACCAGCCCAAUACACUGGAGUCGAAAGUGUCCAAAUGAGAUGUCAAAGAAUCUCACGACGCUCCUGAUGCCCGUGGAACAGUGCGUUAGAGGAGACGUUACUGGGAUGAGGCCCUGCUCAGAGGUUCCAGGCCUGUCUUUUGCUUCAUUGCUGGAUAUUGUUUUUGGAUGGGUCCUGGGUCAUGUCUGGUGGUUGCCAGAAACCUUUAGGGUAUCUGGUGUAGGAAAAAAGCACUAGAAGGCUUUAUUGGAGGGCAAAAAAGUUAACCAGAUACUUCGUGUAUGUUUUAGACAAGUCAUCCAUAACAAAAAACAACAUUAAUGUCUUCAGGAAAGAGAACUGAUCUCUUUCUGGAAACAAGUAAGCGGGCAUGACGGGCAAAAGACUUUGUUCACAGGAUCCCGAAAACCUUUAAAAUGACAAUUGUACUCCUCUGGGGAGAAAAUCAGCCUCUGUGUGCGCCACAUCAAUCAGAACCCACCUUUUUUUUUGCAACCUGGAUGCUCAAACUGCCAAUACUACAGAACCAAUUGGUCUUCUAGACGGUUUCAGGGAUGGGAAGGUGAUCCUCUCUGGAAUCUGGCUCUGCCCAGUCUAAGACCAUCCAAGAGUGGACACUCUUUUUCCUCUUAGGAAAGUGAAUACUUUCCUUUCCCACUCCCUCCUUUGCUAAAGUCCUUUUCUGACCCUAGGUUCUCUUGGGUAUGUAUUGAAAUGGCUCUUUCUACCCUGACAUUUUAGCUGUGUUGGGAAGGAGUUGGAGGGAAAAUAUACGAUAGAGUUGUGGUUGCUUCAAUUUCUAGAUUGAAUCUGCAGGUGGGCCUGGUGACUCCAGCAACAAAAAAAAGAGACACUUUAUGCUGUUGGGAGAUGACUUGAGAGGAAGGGUCCUAGUCAUCUCACCAGAAACGCAGAAUUGGAAGGGCAGUUUGGGGAAGGCAAAAGAGCUUUGUUGAAAGCUGUCUCUGCCAUUUCCAAGCCUCAAAUACAUAAGAGCAAGUAGUGAGUGGUGCUCUUAAUGGAUAGGGAAGGAGAUGGUGGCUGGGAGGAAUUUAUAAUACUCAGAUUCUUUUUUUUUUCUUGUUCCCAAGUGGCAAAAUUUGAUAUUAUUUAAAACUGUUUGUUUUAAGAAAUUGGGACUCUUCCUUCUUCUCUUUCCCAACCCCCAAGCUUCAGGGUAGCCUCAGAGGAAAACCCCACCAAUGAAUGUAAACAUGAAUCCUGACAGAACUUCUAGGCCAAAAUCUCUGAAACCCAAAGACCAUCUAGACUGAAAAGGCUUCCUGACACCAACCGGUAUUGUCUCAUUCCAUGGGCUGGGGAGGAGGGGGAAAGUGGGGGUGUCUCUAUGGAUGUAAUACCUCACGUGGCCACUAAGACAGAGGCAUCCUGGCAUAGACAGAGUGCUGGAUUUGGAACCAGGAAGACAGGUUUGAAACCAGCCUCUGGUAAUUUACUGGCUGUGCCACUCUGGGCAAGUCAUUUAACCUUUAUGUGCCUAAAACAACUCUAUAGGGCUACUGUCCCAAUAACUGACAGGUUGUGAUGUCUGUUGGUGGAAGUCCCACACUGACCAUCACAGUCCCUCCUGCCUACUUCAAGGUUUCUAUUUGAAUAAGGCAGUAGCAGGAAGCAUGGACCCAAUGCAUUGGAAGACCUGAUUCUAAAACACCUUAUUCCCUACAGAGCUCAGAAUCAGCAAAGCCUUAUACAGUACUUAAUUAAACUUGAAUACAUUCCAGGACUAUUUUAGGACUCCAGGCUAUGGAAUCCCUCCUGUCUAAGUCAGUAUUAAUUUCCUUUGACACAUUCCAUAGAGAUGUGAUCCUAGAGCUGGGAAAAACUUUUGUGAUGAUGCACUUUGUUCAGGAACUUGAGGACCUCUGAUGUCUGCUCAGUUGAGUAUUAAAAUGGCAGACUUUAGCAUAGUUAUUUCUCUAGGUUGGAUUAAAAUGAUGAAGAUGAUAUCUCAACUUGGAGGCAGGAGAGGUACCCAUUGUGUGGAUUCUAGGCUGGGGUGAGAGGUAAGAGACUUCACUUGUCCUCAGAGAAUUUAUACUUUAGUAAAGAUAACUACAUGUUGCAAAUAUGGGCUUAAUUUCCAUGCCAGUAAGAAUCUUUACUCUAGGACAUGUCUUAAGUUUCGUCAUCUGCAAAAAUGAGAGGGUUGGACUAAAUGAUUUCCAAGGUCCUUUCCAUAUCUAAAUCAUGUGAGUCUAUGAUUAUCCUAUGUGAGAGCAUUUCAUCUGUAUUCAGACCAGGACAGUCCUGUUGCACUGUCCAAAAUAUGGCAAUGGGGCUAGUUUUUCAGGCACAGGCAUGAAAUAAAAAUAAGGAAACCCGAAGAGUGCAAGGGAUGGGAGGGAAUCAGGCAAUUCAGUAAUUGUUAUUGACAGUAUUUUCCUGGAACACCUUGGAGAAACUGGAAUACGUUUGGGCAGAGCUGCCCUGUGGCAACCCUGUGACGCUGGUAAGGUUUGCUUUCGUGCCCUCCCAUGUCUCCUUUUAUUGCCCAUCUCCCCAAGCUCACUGGACGAGGAAUCAGGAGACUCAGGAUGUAGUUCUGGCUGUGAUAGUUACUUAUCCUAGGUGAUUUGGCCAAGUUGCCUAAACUCUCCUGGAUUUAGUUCUGUCAUCUAUAAGAAGAGGAGAUUGGACUAGUUGGUCCCUCCUAGUUCUGGUGUUCUCUGAGCUGCAAUAUGGUAUAAAUGAAGUGAGAUCUGGAGGACUCAAAUUCCAGCCCUGCUACUUACUCUGUGGAUGACCUUUAGCAAGUCACUUAACCAUAACGGGCUUCAAGUUUCUUUGCCUGUAAAGUGAGGAGUUUGGACUCAAUGAUAUUUAAGCCCCUUUAUCUCUAACUCUGGAAAUCUGUGAUCUCUAAAUCUCUUUUCAUUUCCAAGAUUAGUUUCUGCUCUCGGUUUGAGUUCCUGACUUCCAAAGAGCUUUGACUUGCUCCCUUCUUUCUAUUGGACUGUCUGCCCCAAGAGCCAGAGCCCAGCUCUUUUUCCCAACUGCUAAUAUCAAAUCAGGUAAUAUUUGUAAAGCACUUUGCAAACCUUCAACUGCUGUUUAAAUGUUAGCUAUUAUUAUUAUUAUUAACAACAAUAAUAGUUUAAGGUAGUACUUCUCCCCAGCAUAUUUACACUGGAUACUGGAAGAUGAAAUGCUCUUUAGACUCAAAAGAAUGAAUCCCUAGUGAUGAGAUCUAAGGCAAACAGUUGACUGACUGAAAGGGGAGUUAUUUUUCCUUGGGGAUGCUUCUCAGUUUCUCAUCUACCAAUUAGUCAAUCAACAAGCAUUUAUUAAGCACUUAAUAUAUUCCAAGUACUAUGCUAGGCACUGGGGUUACAAAAGCAAAAAAACAAAACAGUCCCUGCUGUCAGGGAGUUUCUGUUCUGUAAGAAUGUGCCAAUUCAGUUUAAAUGAACAUCUAUCAAACAAAUUGCUACUAUGGACAGAUCAUAAAUCAUUUACCAACAGGCCUUAGGUCCUUAAAGUAGGGCCCAGAAUUGGACAUAAGCAGGUUCUCUGCUAAAAACCCAAUUUAAGCUCCUCAUUAACCUUUAUCAGUUUAUCAUUGUCCUUAAGUAAGGCUAAUUGACUAUUUUCAAAUGAGAUAAUACACGUAAGGUGCUUUAAAAACCUUAAAGUAAUAGACUAAUGCUAGCUAUUAUUAUUAUUACCAUUAUCAUCCCAUUUCAUCUUCACACUGGCACUGAACAUCCCCUGUAGCAGGCAUGUCAAACUUAAAUAGAAAUGGGGCCCACUAAAUUGUAAAUAAGGAUGCCAGUGGGCACAUAUUGACUUAGAAAACCACUCAUGUUUAUAUAUAUUUUUCUUGCACUCAGCAGUGUUGGAGGGGGCCCACAUAUUUGACACUUCUGCCCUAAAGAAACAGUCGUGGGAGCCACUUCUUGAUGUAGACUCAGUAUGCGGGGAAUCGAUCGAUUGCUUGUAGACCUCUGUAUUUAAAAUCGCUGAUGCCCUCUUCCUCCUGGUUGCUUGUGAACACUAAAUCAGGUACACCACGGAUCUAGCCCCAGGGCAAAGGAGUCUGCUCACAUUUUUGCCUGAGAGAUUGCUCAGGCAGGCCAAGCCUUCAUCAACAGCAACAGUCUCAUUUUUGACAUUCUAGGCAUGUCAGCUGUUGUUCCCAAGCUGCUGAUACAGUGUCAGGUGAAUGCUACUGGGGCCGGGUGACGUCAGCUUAGUGGGAUGAAUAGCAGAGCAACAACAUCGAGGAACAGGAACAUUCAGCCUCCAUAGCAACAGAGAGACAUGGAAGAAGAGAAAGAGAAAGAAGGGAUAUGGAGAAAGCAGUAGCCUUACAGGACUGUGGAAUUUUAGAACUGAGAAGCAGUCUUAGAGACCUUCUCUGAGGCGUCAUGAUGCAGCAGAGAGGGUUUUAGACUUGGAAUCAAUAUGAGUUGGGUUAGAAUCCCACCUCAGACACUUGCUUUGUGACCCUUGGCUAAUCACUAAAUUUUUCUGAGUUCGGUUUCCUCAUUUGUAAAAUGAGAGAAUUGGACUUGACUUUGAAGGAGACUUUCAGCUCUUAAGUCCUGAUCCUAGCUUAUAGCCCAACCCCCACUUUUGUGAGCUUUGAUCUUUAUUUUAUUUCAAUUAACAAGCAUUUGUUUUCUACCCCACUGCACCCAACCCUGUCCAAAAAGAAAAAGAAAAAAAGAAACUCAAAACCAUUGUAACAAAUCGGCCUAAACAGAGGUUUAGGGAAAUAAAAUGAUAAGCUUUUGAUCCCUUCUGCAAGUUAGUGCCUGAGGCAGCAUUAGAAUCUGGGUCUCCUGGGUGGAGUGUUAAUUCCACCAAACCACCUGCCCCUGCCCUGGUUUAAUCAGCUGGGUUGAGGAGUAGAGAGGAGUCAGGAAGGUAAGGAAGAACAGAGCUUUCUUCUGUGGUUUGAGUGCAGCAGUCCAUGUUUUCUGCAUGUUCCAUAUCUAGAUAGAAUGCAGCCUAAUUGGCAGUUAUUUCCCUAGCAGAGUUAGGAGAGCAGAGUUUGACUGUGGCCUUCCCAGUGGUUGCAAGCAUGGUCGCCCUCGGCUUAUUUAAGUCAAUAACCCCGAGGUUCUAUUUAGUGCCAGAUUUGGCCCUUGCAUUUGUUUAUUUGAUUAAAAAUGACAGCUGACAGCUGACAGCUGGACAUGGAGAGAAUUGAACUGCAUUCCCUCUCUGUUAGUUCUAGAGACUGUACCUCAGAAGAUUGAAAAGAAACCAAUAGAGUACCCAUGGGGUUACUAACAUUAGGCUUGAAUUGUGAAACAUUGGAAGAUGGAAGUAAAAGCCAGCUCCUUCAGACUACUCACCUAUAGAGGACAGCUGUGUCAACAGGGAGAUGAGGCUAAACAAUCAUUUAUAAAGGCUUUCCAGUGGAUUUUUAAGCCUAAAAAUACCCCUUUUCUUAGGUUUCUUUAUAGCCCAAAUUGAAAUGUGCUGAUCAUUUUCCCAUAUAGAGCCACGUAUUUUAAGGAACAUCUCACCAAAAAAAGGAGCAUUUCUCAGGGCUAAUGCUUCCACCUGGGGAGAGCCUGGAUAAAUGCAGAGGGCACCACACUUUGCUAAAAAUAGACAGUGCUGUACUUUGUGAACCAUGAUGGGAAAUUAGAUGUGAUUAGAGGAAGGGCUGGAGGCAGUGGGUAGUAGGAAGUACUUCCGGCAGAACCUGGAUUUUACCAGGCCUACAGAACAUAGGUAAAAAUCUAUCCUGCCAAGUAUUCUGACCACGUGGGCCACAAGGCCUGAGCACUGUUGGACUCCAGAGGCAGAGGGAGGAUGUCACAGUUCUCAAGGCUGUGUUAGGCCCCAUCCUUUCCUGUUAAAAUCCUUUACUUCUUUCCAGGCUCAACACUGGUGCCAUCCAUUCUAUGAAGACUUUCCUGAUCCCACUCCCAAGAUGAAAGUGUCUCCUUUCUUGAAUUUUUCUACUUUGCCCUCCUCAUACUCUACCUUAUAAUAUAUUUAUCUGUCUGUAUACAUCUACAGAUAUCUAGGUAUAAAUAUGUACCCUACACUCUAGAGGAUAGAAAGUAGGCCCUGUUGUCAGGAAGAACCUGAGUCAGAAUCCUGCUUCAGGCACUCACUCACUAGCUCUGUGACCCUGGAUAAAUCAUUUAACCUCUCUUGGCC